AUGAAUCGUUCUGAUGAUCUCCAGGACGCAGAAGACAGCGGCCAACAGCGUUAUGAGACAUAUUCAUGCUCUAGGUGCCGUAGGCUGAAGAAAAAGUGCUCGAAGGAGCUUCCGCGAUGCUUUUCGUGCGAAGCUGCGAGCAAAGAAUGCGUGUACCCGGGGCGGGCCCCAAGAAGGACGAAGAAGCAGCUAGAGGAGGCUAUACAGAGGGGGGAAUUUGUACCUUCAAAGAAAUCAAAAAAACAGGGCCAGUGGGCGUCGGGGGAGGCGCUGUCUUAUGAUUAUCAGCCACAGAGCCCCAAGCUGUCCGAUGGCUCCCCGCAGCAAUCCGAAGGAUAUAGUGACAGUGCUUCAAAUAGCCGCGGGAAUACGCUCUCGUCUGCGACGUCUGCUGUCCGUGAUAGCAGUGAUGCGUCCUCUGCUAACCCCGUUUCGUCUUUUCUUAGUAUUCUCGGCUCCUUCAGCACUACUCAGCAGCUCGGAGUAGGAAGGAAUACAGGAAGCGUUGGCCAGUUAGAAACAUUCAGCCAAGGAAAACUAGAACAUGAAAUGCAUAGACCAGAUUCAAUACCGAUCACUGCAUCGUCUAUUCAAAUAGAAGCGGUUGCAUCUGUGUUUAAAGGUGGCCGUGAUACACCUAUGUUGGCUGCAGAUGGGACCAUCAAACACAUCGAUCGUCAGCUCUGUGACAAGUUUGUUGCUGCUUAUUUCAAGCAUAAUCAUAGGUCGUAUCCACUCAUGAACAAGAUUGAAUUCUUAAAUCAAGUCGCAUCUAUUGCUGAUCUCACCAAUAUGGAAGGGAAGUAUGAAAAUACUUUUAUUUUCCAGCUCUAUAUGAUCAUGGCUAUAGGGUGUACAACACUGCAACGUGCGGGGUUUCUGGAUCCGGAUGAAGAAGAUCUGAGCGAGCAUUUUUCCUAUAUGGCCAUGCGGAAGUUCUGUAGCGUUAUGCAUCUGCAAAACUUAGAGACUGUAAAAUGUCUUCUGCUUUUGGGCAUUUAUUCAUUUUUCGAGCCAAAGGGUAUUUCAACCUGGACUAUAAGUGGCCUUAUUAUGAGGCUUACAAUAGGUUUGGGGCUCAACCGGACUUUAACUAAGAAAGCGCAGGAGCGUAUGUCGGUCCUAGAUAUUGAAAUGCGUUAUCGUGCAUUCUGGUCAUUCUAUGCGUUUGAGCGGCUAGUCCAUACUUCAUUGGGCCGUACUUCUGCGAUUGACGAUGAUGAUAUUAACGUCCCCCUACCUCGGGCUCUCUACGAAGAGGAAAGAGAAGACAUAGAGGUAACCAAGAUGAUGCUGAACUUGCGUAGGUUUGCUGGCGUAAUAUACAAAAAGGUUCAUAGCGUGAGCGCAGGUAAGAGAUGCCUGGGGAUGGGAGAGAAGCAGGAUAUUAUUGACUCUCUGAGGCAGCAACUGGACACUAUCUAUGAGGAUGAGAAGAAAAAACAGAAUAUAAUUGAUUGCAAUAACGCUAAUGGGAACAUCUCUUUUCACUCUUCCAAUACAUGGUUAUCGAUGCGCUAUUCUCAGCUGAUGAUCAUGUUAUACAGACCUUCAAAGUUGAUACCAAAACCCUCAAUGGACUCGCUGACCAUACUUGGUACUUCCUGUUUAGAGGCCCUGCGGCACACUUACUGCCUCUACAAGAAAAAACUGUUGCCUCUGAAUUGGAUCACCCUUUUUCGGACACUAACCAUUUGCAAUACAAUGCUAUAUUGCCUCUAUCAAUGGUCUAUUGACCUUGUUGAAUCCAAGCUCGAAAUCCAGCAAUGUGUAGAGAUACUGCAGCAUUUCGGUGAGAAAUGGGUUUUUGCCAAGGAGUGUGCGGUCGUCUUUCAAAAUAUUGGAAAUGCGAUACUAGAUAUAAGUCUCUCCCGAGGACAGGUAGAAAACGUUGAUAAAUUGACUAGGGAGCUAUUUGGAGCUAGCAAUGAAUACCAAGAUAUAUUGGACGAAAAUAACGUAGAUAUAUCCUGGAUUGACCUGGCUAUCUAA